AUGGCUCUGGCCGGUGUCCACCACUUCAAGCUUCCUUCCUCAGACAUAGACAGGACCGUGGCGUUCUACACGACCCACCUUCCCCUCACCCACCUCCCAGAGCUCAACCAUGUAGAAGCCUCGACGGGCUCCGUCUAUGCCAAGAUCCUCAGACACACCCCGUCGCAGACCACCCUCGAGAUCCGCAACGCGCCCGAGCAGGCCGCCCGGGAGAGGGGCUGGGACCCCAUCACCUGGGCCGUCCAGGGCUACUCGGACCUCGUGCGGUGGAGGGAGCACUUCAUCUCGGCCGGUGUCCGCCACACGGCGGUCUACAAGGGCGUCACGGGCUGGGGGCUGACUGCUGAGGAUCCGGACGGGAGGCUUGUUCGGUUCUAUACCCUGGAGGAGCACGGAAUAACGGCUGACCUGGACCCUGCCGUUUCCACCAAGUUUGAAUGA